CGAUGGACUCGUACCUCCAUCGAGGACUUCCGCGCGCCAUGAUGGAGAAGGGCAAGGUAAUUCGGCUAGACAUCACGUCAUCUCAGUCAUGCCAGUCUCAUGAAAUAACAUGGGAUGAGCUGUUGCAGGGCCUUCGCGCUGCCCCGGUUCAAGUCAUAUUCACGUCUACCAACUCCUUCUUAAGCACUGUGCCAGGGUUCCAGAAGGAGCUCAAAAGUACUUUAAAGAUCCACCAGUUCUUUUUCGAUAGGAUCUAUCUUCAAUCAAACGGCUUUUGCGGACACGAAGUCUGGCUGGAUGAUAACGAAAAGGUUGAGUGUUAUACAUAUUGGUCCCGCUUCACCGUCAAGCAGACGUACGAUAAGCUCCGGGCUAAAAGGACGUAUACACCACAUAUAUCCAACCAUCACUCUGGCGCUGGCGACUGGAACGCUGAUGUUGCAAUACACGGGCCGCAGAGUGUACGGCAUGGGUGGGAAUGGUACGAGAUGGGAUUCUUCGCUAGCUGGACACCGUCUGGGUCGAUCACGCUCUUGUGCUUCGAUCUACCUGUGACGCUGGAAAAGGAUAUUCAGUCGAUGUUUUGUUCGCAGGGUGUCUCUCGUUGGUGUCCAUACGCCGUGUUUUCGCUCGUCUCGGAUGCGCUGCUUCGAUUGUACGAUGACUCGGUUUGGACAGUCAGGAACCAUAUCAGUCAGUGGGAAGCCAGGAGGUCACAAGAGGCCGACUACAUCCUCUUGCACGAGAUCGCGAGACAUGGGAUUCACAUCAGCGAGACUCUCAGCGUGGCUAUACGGUCUCUUGAUGCCAUGCAGCACCAUCACGCGAAGUUUCGUACAUACAACGACCUUGUCCGUAGUAAAAAGGGAUGCGAAAACUGGGAUAGAGUUGGGACUCACUUUGAGUUCCAGCUUCGCUUUCUCCAGGGCUUGUUCCAACGGUCUGAAGCGAACAAUGCUCGAAUCCAGAAUGAGAUCACUCUUGCUUUCAAUGUGGCAGCCCAGAGAGACAGUAGGAUUCAGCUGCAGAUAGGAGAAGAAGCGAAGAGAGAAGCGUCGGCGAUGAAGGCAAUCGCUGUAGUCACGAUGACUUUCUUGCCAGCCACAUUUAUUUCUACAAUAUUCGGUUCCAACUUCUUCUCCUUCGAACCCGAUGGAGGCGCGGGACAACCAUCGUUCACCGUAUCGCAUCAAUUCUGGAUAUACUGGGCCCUCUCUGUUCCGCUGACUGCUGUAACGCUCGCUCUGUGGUUCUGGUGGAGCAGGUGGGUUGAGCACUUACGACUCUCUAGGUUCAGAGCUGUUGCACCAUAG